GUCGUCAAGCCUUGUCUUCACUUACACUUUGCGCGAACACCAGCCUUGCGCAUGCGACAUUUCAUCCAACGUUCCACGGCAUAUCAUCAGUCUGUUACACUAUCAUACUGGGCCCAACUCUAGUCACCGAUCCCGACAUGUCCUCCCCCCCGCCCCCCGAGGAUACAACGGCGAUGGACGUCGAUACCGAAAUGGCGGACAACACUCAAGACACCACUGCCAACGGCUCAUCAGAGGCAGCACCAGCGCCAGCACCAGCACCGCGCAACAAUGCUCCCAACGAAACCUCAUCAGGCACACUUGACCACGACUUCACACAGUCCGAAACACAGCCCGCCGAGACGACAACCUCGGGCCUCUCCCAUCAUAAUCGCAAGGAUGUCACACUGCGAGAAUUCCUGAGCAAGAUGGAUGACUAUGCGCCGAUUAUUCCCGACGCCGUGACGUCUCACUAUCUAACCCUCGCAGGCCUCCCACCUCCCUCACCGUCCGACCCAUCCGGCGCAAGCACGAACAGCACACCGCUUCCUCUAGCACGGCUGCUCGCUCUCGCGACCCAGAAAUUCGUCGCGGACAUUGCAGCCGACGCGUACCAGUACAGCCGGAUCCGUGCCUCGAAUUCAGCCUCGGCGAACAACCCCUUGGGCAAUGCGGCCCUUGGCGGUGCAGGUGCGGGACCGAGUAGCUUCGGCGCGGCUGGUGCAGCAGGCGGCACUGGAGCGGGCAAGGCUCAGCAGACGACGCAGUUGGGCGUUCAGAGGAGCGGGUACGGCGGUGGAGGGCAGGGUGGAAGCGGGCAGGGACGGGCGGUCCUGACAAUGGAGGACCUCGGCAUGGCGAUGCAAGAGUAUGGAAUCAAUAUCAAGAGGGGGGAGUUUUACAGAUGAUACCUCUCUUCGGUUUGAUGGAUCAGGGCUACGCGUGAUGGACUUGGUUCUCACAAUGUGGCAUGGAAGAUUUUGCACAUUUGAUUUAUGCAUAGCGAGAGGCGUCGGAGAAAGGACGAUUCACGAUUCAAGAUUGGGAGUCUACGACGGUUGGGUUUGCACAAUCAGACAAUGCAAUGAUACAGAGAUCCUGGCAUGAACUCGGUAUUGCAGACUCUGGUCUGAUAUUGGUGCAAAGCCUCGAUGCCCCCGAGGCCAGUCGAACCGGUUGAGGUCUCUACGAACAGACCGUAAAUCUUCCGAUAUCCCCGUCCAGAAAAUGAUGUUGUACAUGAAAGUCGUUGGCGUUUGUCUAUUUGUUCUUGGACAUUUUGUAGGUGAACCUUUUUCUCGUCCUGAAGAAGGAGGUCCAAAUGUCAGAUGUGA